GUGCAUCACUAGCGACAGCAGCGCUUUCGUUCUCAUACCGGUGCUCGUAGACCCUAAUCAGCCGGCUGUCCGCACGAAAGCGUCACCGUCUCUCCGUCGCUCCCUCCUGCUCCUCCAUCGCUGGUUCAUGGCGGAGACAUCGGCUUCGCUUCGGCAUUGAGCUGUUCUGACAAGCGGACGGGUGGCGGAGAGAGCGGGCAUGGGCAGGCGGUCUGGUGGCCGACCGGCGUGGGCGCUGGCAGUGCCGUUGGCGCUGGUGGUGCUGGGCUGCCACCCCUGCCGGGCGGUGACGCGGCAGUUUGGGCUGCCGGACUCUACGGUGGCUGCGGGCCACCUCUUCAACUACACCAUCCCCAGGGACUCCUUCAGCGGUGGCAAGCACCGCUUUGAGGUUGCGGAGGCCGGGGAAAGACAGCUGCCCAGGUGGAUGCAGUUUGAGUCGCCGACCCUCUCCGGGGUGCCCCUGGUGGCCGAUGUCGGCCAACACUACAUAUCGGUCAAGGCCAUCGCUGAGAAUCCAGACGACGAGGUGGCUGAAGCUAGGGACGUCUUUUCGGUGGACGUGGUGGAGCACCAGUCCUCCAGGAGCAACCCUGAACUUCCCGCCGCCAGUUGCCCUGCCGGCAACCCCGUGGCGAUGGCCACAGUCACCGUCGAUGCCGAUGCCAACGACCUGCGGCCCCACGAACGGGCCCGGCUCCUGACCGGCCUCGCCCGUUUCCUAGAGGUUGCCGUGGCGGAGGCGAGCAUGGCGCCCAUGGCGCCGGACGAGCCAGCAUACGACAACUCAGCCCUGAUGGCCGGCGCGGGGGACAGCCCGUCGCGGCUGACGGCCGGGCUCCGCCUGCGCUGGCGCGUGGGCUGCAGCAGUGAUGUGGAGCCCCACCACGCCGCCGCCCUAAAGCGCCUCGAAGCAUCCGCUGAGGACGGAAGCCUGGCGCGCCUGCUGGGGCACCCGGUCGUCGGCUGGCACGUCAGCAGCGUGCAGCCCGCCGUGCGCCGAGCCCGCGCACACUCCCACUACGUUGGCGGCACACCAUUGGUUCCCGCGCCACUCCCCACCGUCGUCGCAACGGAGACGGGCAACGUCAUCGGCGAGCGGCCAAUGGCGACCCCCGAGACGAGGAUUGUUCCCACGAUGGCGUCGCCCAUCUUCGACGGACCCUCCGUGCACCACCCGCACAGGCACCACCACGGAGAAGACCACCACGCCCGCCACAUCGCAGCGUCGCCCACCCUGUCGUCCGUGGUGCUGCCAACGGCCGCGCUUGGGAUGACACCGGUUCUGCCACCGCUACGGCCAACGCAGACCUCGUUUGUGGACAGCGCAUUUGGAGAGGUUACUCCGACGUUCGGCCCCGAACUGGUGCAGCCAACGAGCGUCGGGCCGGAGGUUUCGGCCACCCCCGUGCUGCCCACACCAGAGACCCCCAGGAAGCCUGCGGGUGGCAACACCAAGCCCACGCUGAACAAGCGGCUCCCGAAGCUCAAGGCGACGGCCGGCAACGUCUGGACCUUCCAGAUUCCCGCCGAUGCCUUCCAUGAUCGGGAGCAAGGGGACACGCGCGAGCUUAAGCUGAUGUUCCUGACGUCGGCCGGCACGGCCAUCGAGCCCCGCUCGUGGAUCCAGUUUGAUGCGGAGAAGCAGACGCUGUCGGCGCUACCCCUGGACGAACACAUCGGCAAGUACCAGUUCCGCCUGGAGGCGAUGGACAACGAGGGCGAGACGGUGCACGACCUCAUGGACAUCAACGUCUGGCAGCACUCGAGCGCUCGUGCCGUCCACCACAAGUUCCGAGUGACGCUCAAGCCUAAAAACUGGGAGUAUGCAAACAGCAUUGACUGGCAGAUCAAGACCGUGCAGCGCCUGGCCCGGUUUUUCGGGGACCCCGACACCUCCCAGGUGACGGUGCAGAAUGUGUCGUCCGAACCGGUCGGCCUGACAUGGACCAACGACUCGCUGCCCAAGCACCCGUGCCCCCGGGAGCAGCUGAUGGCGCUGUACAACCAAAUGGCGGACGCCUCUGGGUCACCCCUGGCGGGCUUCAAGAAAGCACUCGGCAACCUGAAGGUACAGAAGGUGUCCGUCGAAUUUCUGGGUGUCUGCCCACCAGUGUCUUCGGCGCCGCCGCCACUGCACAACAAGGCACCCACAAAGCGGAACUCCAUUGGGCAGAUCAAUGCGACCGUAGGCGAGAUCCUCCGCUACAUCAUCCCCGACGACACCUUCUACGACUUCGAGGACGGCACCACGCGGUACCUAACCCUGUCCUUCCUGUCCAUGGACGGCCUGCGGCUGCCAGAGUCCUCGUGGGUGCAGUUCAAUCCACGAACGCAAGAACUGUACGGGCUUCCCUUCGACGGGGACGUGCGUCGGCAUGAGUUCCAGCUCGUUGCCCAGGACAGUUUCGGCAUGUCCGUGGAAGACGUGUUCGUCGUCCUCGUUCAGCCUCGUGCCCAGAAGAAGUGGGCGGUGGAAUUCAGUCUCCACCUGGACGAAGACUUCGAGGCCUUCAGCCGCAACAUCAGCCGCAAGGUGUUAGUGGCCUGGAAGCUGGCAAGACUCUAUGGCGACCCGGACCCGCGCUACGUGACGGUCAACACGAUCAGCGCGGGCUCCGUGGUGUACGCCUGGACAAACAACACCCUGCCCUACGAGCCCUGCCCGACAGAGACCAUCCGGCAGCUCAUGAGCCGCCUGGUGCACGACAACCGCACCCUGACGCAGCGGCUGGUGGACGAGAUGAAGCCGGAGUUCCGUAUCCUGAAGGCGGAUACAAUGCCGCUAGGACUCUGCAUGGACAAGGGGCUGCCGUCGACCUCGGUCUUGCACACGGUGGCACCCCCGCCCGCCGCUGCACCUCCGGAAGUUGGGGACGCAUCGGACGUUCCGCCGGCAGACGACGACAUCUACAUCACCACCAUCAUCCCCGCAGUGGUGAUUGCAGUGAUGCUGCUGCUGGCGGCCCUUGUGGCCUGCAUGCUGUACCGCAAGAAGCGCAAGGGCAAGCUGAGCAUGCAGGACAGCAGCACCUUCAUCAACAAGGGCAUCCCCAUCAUCUUUGCGGACGAGCUGGAGGACAAGCCGGACCCGGCCAAGCCGCCGGUCAUCAUGAAGGAGGAGCGGCCGCCGCUGCCUCCCCCCGAGUACCCCCGCGGGGGCAGCAGCAGCCGGGGAUCCACCCCACAGACCGGGCGGCGCCUGCCCAGAGACGACGCAGCCCCCUACCAGCACCCGACGCCGCCCUUCGUCUCGGGACGCCCCGACCGCCAGACGAGGCCCAAGGCGGCCCCUACCUACCGGCAGCCGCCCCCCUACGUGCCUCCCUAGCCUCCGAGCCCCCAGACAUUAUUCCCCCCCAACAACCCUUCUCCUAUUCUCCACUCCCAGACAACGAAGUGCCGGGUGCAACUUCUGCUGGAACUGACUUUCUGGCACACCUUGCCACGGAGGGUGCUUCUCCCACCAUCCUUCAUCUCCUCGAAUGCCUGGUGCAGCUUUGUUAGUGGAGGACUUCUUGGUUACUGCCAGAGUGUUGGGUGCCUUUGGUUUUUCCGCUGUAUGUGCCUCGAAUGGCUUUGCUAGUUCUUGGCUGUGGCAGCUGCAGGCGCUUCCUUUCCUUUCUCUUCUAACCUUUCCUGGAGCGUGUCUUGUGUAAGACUUUGGCCACUCAAGUUUGUAGUGGGGUGAUAACUUAAACUUACGGUGUGUGGCUCUGGCAGCUUGCUUUUCUAUCUGGUUGGCAUUCUCUGUUUCUAUAUCCCGGAGCACGUGGAACAAGUGUCGUGUUUGCUCGGUUUACCUCAUUAUGUCGCGCGGGGCUCGUGAUUGCAUACUGCCUGAAAGCAUGGAUCACAUUUUAGUUACAACACUAGUUCAUUUUUUUAUGUCUGUACAUGCUGGUUCUUGCAUAUUGCUGGAGCCUUUGCCCACUGGAAGAGGAGUCUUUGUUGAGGGCAAGGAACUUUGACUUGGGAGAAGGUUGCCUCCUGCCUCUUUAGGGUCCCCCUUCUGCCGUUACUCCCGUUCUGUCAGACAGACGAAUGGCAGAGGGAGCCAUGGCAGGAAUCAUUUGUGUUCCGAUCAUCAUAUCCUCCUUGGCGUGUCACGAUUAUGAUGCUCUGUGCGCUCGUUUUAUAUUUUAUCAGUUUAUCUUCUUUCUAAGGAGGGUUGUGUGGCACUCUCAGGAGCUGAACUUUUCCCUGUGCGUUUUGCUGCUCAACCACGGGUUUCGUGGCAGCAGGGCUUCGGAACUCCUUGGAGCAUUUGGUCCGUGCAGCUUCUGUCUUUGGCAUUGCCAGGGACUCAGAACCGCAGUAAGGUUGGCAUUGAGUAAUUAUUCGUCUGGAAAGAAAGCCUAGCAGUGUAUUGCCAAAGAAUGAUGUUUGCCUUCUGGCUUCCAGCAGGCUCUCUAACAACUGCCCACAAACUGAGCGAGGUCCCCCUGGUGGCAGCUCUCUCCCGCAGCCACUGUUGGAGGAGACAGUUGUCGCCGAAGAAGGGAUUGCCCCAGUCCUCCUGAUCAACCUAAGUCACUAUGUAACUAAUAUAGUUGGACAACCAUGUCAAUAAAGGUGUUGACUUUUCUCA